ACAAAUAUGUCGGACACAAUUAUAUACUUAUCUAAGCUGGAACAUUGGUUUUGAAGCUAAAAAAAUUCAAUCCAAAAUGGAGGCUUUUGAUCGUGUAAAUAAUCAACCAAAUCAUGGCGAUAUAAAUGAAGAAGAAGUGCCAGCGAAUAGAGAUGCCCAGAAUCCUUGCCAUGGCCUUCCAGGUGAGGUGACUUCAAAAGGUACGACAGAUGUGUCCAACGCAAACGCAAACGUCAACCAGCAGCAGCAGCAGAAAAAAAGUGGCGAAGAUGUCAAAUGGAUUCACUUGCCUAGGACUGGCUGUCGACGUCGCAGGAAUUUGCAUCUGGAUCCCUUUAUGUGCAAUGAGUGUCACCAGUAUGUGGGUGGUGGCGUGGUCACCAUCUGUGGCCAUUUGUUUUGCUGGACUUGCCUGUGGCCCAAAUUGAGUGGUACUCCAAUGCCGAGAUGUCCGCGCUGUCUACGCCAUUUGCUCAUGUACGAGGACAUCAUGCCCUUCUAUGGAGAGGGACCCCAUGCCCAUCAGAAGGACAGUAAUGUGCCGGCCCAGCCGGGCGCAGUGCCUCGUCCGACGGGACUGUACCUCUGCGACUCGGAGUAUCCCAGCUGGUUCACGGUCAACGAUCCUGAAGAUGGUACCCCACCGAAUAUCCAUGAAGCUAGCAAGGAGAGAGACCUUUACAGUGUGCUAAGGCUUCUGCCAAUGCUGUACCCUAAGAUCGGAGCUCAGAUUACUUUUCUCAGGUGGUUCCAGUUGGGAUGCGUGUUGGCCAUAUUACUGAUAUGGUCCGCAAUAUCACUGACCUAA